GGGAAGAUGGCCCUGCCUCCUCUCAAGCUUCAACGUCCACCCAUACCGUCAAAGUAACUAAGGCAAGUUUGGUGGAUAUUCUCCAAUAUCCCACUGUUAUCUAAAGUUUCGUUGGAUUUAAGUAGAUUGGCCAAGAAAUCAUUGAAGUCACUUUGUGGUUGUUCCACUCCAGGAGCUCAUUUAAGAUGAGCUAAUGGAUGGAUGAUGAAGGCGAGAAAGAAAACGAUGAGGAAGAUGUGGAUGAAAAUAGUUUCCAUGGAAGAUUCAGCCUACCAGUUGGGUUCAGGGGCAGUACACAAAAUUUUCAAAUAGCUAGAUUGUGAUGUCGGCCGGUGAUGAAGUUUCUGCCAGAGAAGGUCUUGCUAAGCCAUUGUUCCAGAACACGGAAGGAGAUGGCGACAUGAUGUUGCACUUCCAGCUCUGCCCACUCCUGUCUGGCUGCACGACAUGCCAAUCAUGUGGCUGCACAACACCCUUUUCUCUGGUUACUAGUACAAGAAAGGAAUAGAAUCAGUACAUGUUUGCAUUGUCUAAAAAAGAGAAUGGAAUCAUUAUCUGAAAAGGAAAGAGAAAGGAAUAAAAACUCUAGCUUGCAAUGUCUGCUAGGUAUCUCAUACACCAAGAACUUACAUAUAUGACAACUCAGGAAAAGCACAUUAUCUAUAAUAAUCUGUAGAUAUGAUCAUAUGAUAGACACACAUAUAUCCCAUUAAUCAGGUUCACACAUGCAAGCUGGGUGCUACAUUUGAAAUUACUGGAGUAUUCAGUUAGCAGGUAUGUCUUGAUAUUCCAAUUCCUCAGUUUUAACAUAUUAGAUUAUAUUUUGUUAGAUUUUCGCUGAAGUAAUGAUGAUUAAUUAAAGACUCACGCUUGCAUUGCAACUGCAUGCAUGAUGAUACUACGUUGAAGCUGUGGGGUUAGCUGACCCGACAGGUUUUUAGCAAAUCCUUCAUAUUUGUGUUUUUUACAUAAACAAAUUCUAAAAUUUAGGUAAAACUUGUGAUAAUCUUGCCUUUGACCCCACGGGUUUAACAUCCUGGCUCCGCUGCUGAAGGUGCCGUUUGAAUUAGGGGUACAUGGGAAGGGUAGAUGCUUACAUGGAAACAUGUGUGCACUAUUAUCUUGAUCCAGUUACUAAAUUUAAUCCAUCCUCCACCCAACGUCUGCAUGUCCAAAUAGCUCUUUAUUAAGACAUUGCAAGAAUGUCUCACACUUGUUCUUUGAGAUAUCUCAAAGAUAGACUAGAUAAAAAUUGACAAAAGUACUUUAGCCAUGAAUUUUCUGCUAGUGGUAAUUGCACAGUCUGCACAUUGGUCACAAAAUUUGAAAUGCGUGAUCAAAUGGUCCGGGAACUUUGGGAAAUGAGCACCGGAGGUCACAACACGACCACAUCAGACCAUAAUUCUAGGUGUCUGGCUGAUGUGGCUCAUUUCCUUGCCAAAUGCACCUUGCAUUUUUUUGCUACGGGUUUUGCAAAUGUGCUUCCUCUUUAUUUUUGGUACACAUUCUUUUGCAUAAAACACCCAGCAUCAGGUAGAGGCCGUCCAUGAGGUAGAUGGUAAAGGUGAAUGCCGGCGACAUCGCGAGCUCCAUGGCAUGGCCUUUUGGUUUGGUCAACGAACUCUAUAAUUUGAUGAAAUUAGAAUUUUCCGCUAUCCAAGGUAAGUUAUUUUGUUGGUUAAUCAACCCUGCGUGCUAGAUACUCAUAUACUAGCUAAAUUUAAUCCAUUUUCAACGGCACAUAUGUAUACCCAAACAACUAAUUAAAGAGAUUGCAAUAAUUUCUCAAAGUUUUUUUUUUUGGAAUAUAUAAUAUAUGGAAAGUAUCAUCUGCGUACAUACGUUACUUACAUUUAUACAUGGUUUUAUUAUAUUCUGUACACUUUUACUUAGCAUAGAGUAGUUUUACUAUUUUCUUAGUUAAUUAGCCUUGCUAGUUAGACACAGAGACCUUGCCUUCUUGCAUCUGAUUAUCAGAAACCGCUGGUGUGCAGGCAGUUGCAAAUCAAGAUUGAGAGAGGGCUAACUAGCAUUGAUCCAAGAGUACCUACAUCCAUGGUGGCAUUCACUUUAAUUAUUCAGCUAUUCAGUGAUUGGGAAAUCCAUGCAUUGAUUCUCUCGAGCUUUGCCCUGCAACUAUUCCUCUUCUUCUCCGGCGGCCUUCGGCGUCGCCACAACCAUAUGCUGCUUAGGAUCAUGAUAUGGCUGUCUUAUCUAUCAGCUGAUUUCGUUGCAGUAUUUGCUUUAGGCUACCUUUCACGCAAUUUGCCUAUUACUUCCACCGCAGACGACAAUCAUCAUAAACCAACCCAUCAGCUCAUGCUCUUGUGGGCACCUUUCCUUCUUAUCCACCUGGGAGGACAGGACACUGUGACAGCUUUUUCACUGGAGGAUAAUGAGCUGUGGUUGAGGCACCUGCUGAACCUGCUAUGCCAAGCAUGCCUAGUUGUGUAUGUGUUGUGGAAAUUGGUGGCGUUGGCACACUACCAACUUGUAAUCAUGGCUGUGUUUCUAUUCGUUGCUGGGAUCAUAAAGUAUGGGGAGAGGAUUUGGGCCCUAAAGUUGGGGAGCAAGAAAGGCCUCAGGACCAACACUAGCGCAGAAGUGACGAGGAUGUCCCGAGAGAUAGAGGAGAGUCCAACACACUGGACAUACCAAGAAGUUGUCUGGUAUGGUGCUCUUCACACGGAAGAAGGUGUGCGGGAUAUAUUUGCUGGACGGAAAAUCCUGGACAUGCGCCGUCCAGUUCGUUUCAAUUUUCUACAAAUAGGUGUCUAUGAUGUGGAGGAGGCUCAGGGAGGACACACGCAAGUGGACUUCAAGAAGGUGGAGAUUGAGCUUAGCAUAAUGUACGACAACCUCUUCACCAAAUCCCGGGUGAUUCGAACAAGGCCCGGCAUCAUCCUUCGGUGUGUCUCCAUCGCCUCCACAGUGGUGGCCUUUGUGCUCUACGCCAAGAUGAUGAUGAAUAGUAGUGCUGAUGCCAAGAAAAAAACAGCAGUAUACAACAACGGCUACAGAAGAAGUACAGUUGAUGCUGCGAUCACCUAUAUAUUAUUCUUUGGAGCUUUUUGCUUGGAAGUUUGGUCGUUCUUCAUUGUGAUGAUGUCGCCGUGGGCGUGGCCGUUAUUGCGAACACGACCUGGAUGGUGUAGUCGUGUGCUGUUCACUCGAAUGGUCUGGCCUAUCUUCGUGAGGAUCCAACCAGAUACCAAGCCAUGGUGGUCAAACUCAAUGGGACAGUACAAUUUCUUGAGCACCUCCAGCAGCAUGGCAGCUCACAACGACUUCAUGCACAUAAGGCGGAGGAGCAUCGUAAUUUCAAGGAUCAGCGCAAAGAUGGCAUGCAUAUUUGUAAUUAAAGAGCUCUGGAAGAAGAUACACAUCACGAAGCAUGCCAAAAUGACAAGGGAGAUCAAGGAGCUCAUCCACAAGUUGCUAUGGGGGCAUCCUGAGCAAAUGUGUGUUCCAAAGUCCUAUAGAUCUGUGCUCUGUCUCCCCUUUGAGGAGCUCUUAUUAUCCCUACACGUUUGGACAGAUGUGGUGGUGCACAAGGCAGACAAGUCGAUGAACAGCAGCAACCUGACGUCAGCUGACAAGGAGGGGCGGCAGCGUCAUAUGGAUACCUGCAAGAAGCUAUCUGACUACAUGUUGUACCUGAUGGUGGAGCACCCUGCCAUGCUACCCGUCAGCACCAACGUGCAGGAUGUAUUGGUAAAAGCUGCUGCCUCAGACUGGGCCAACGGUGCUUCCGACAAGGAGUAUUAUCUUGAGCACUUGACUACAACUUACAAUGGUCCUGGCCAAAGGUUCUGGCGGAAUCAGAUCCCCUUGUUGGGGCAGCCACGAGGCAUUGAUGCCGAGCUGGAGACACUCGAGCAGCUGUGGGUGCGGUUUCUCGUCUAUGCAGGCGGGAAGUCCCACCCAGAAGAGCAUGCCCGACGUCUCAGCACGGGCGGAGAGCUCAUCACCUUCGUUUGGCUGCUCAUGGCGCAUCAUGGUAUGGGAAACGUGAAUGACAGUAUCAGUCUUACGAAAGAAGAUGUCAGCACAGGGCAUCUUUUGUAUUGGUAAAUUACUAACACAGAGCAGUAGUAGUAAACAAUUAGUAAUCCGCAACUCAAGGUGUGGCGAACUCAGAUCAUCUCCUUGUGUAUUCAUUGAUGAGAUGUGCUCCUAAUACUGCAUGCAGAUGAGAUCUCUAUUGGUGUUGUCGUCCUGUAUUUCCUUGAUUAAGAAGUAUCCCUUGUACUU